AUGGUAAACAUAUUGUAUUUUCUUACACUUGGGGCGGUGACGGCCACUGCCCAGAGCAUGUUAAAGUGUAAUGCCGAUAAUUGUCUUCGAGCACUCAAGGCCGGUUCUUUCCCUGAUCGACCUGCAUCUGCGGAUUGUAUAGCAUUUUUUAAUUACUUCGCGACUGCGACAAUAACUGCUACCGAGAUUACUACUAUAUCCGAUACUACUACUGCGACUACUAUCACAGUCCCUGUUGAAGCUCCGCCUCCAGACUGUAAAUGCAAACGCGGUGUUCCCGAAUCAGCACCAAUCCCAGCAUAUGCCUCCAAAUGCAGCGGCUUUGUCCGAUACUCCUCCGCAUGCGCUUGCAUUGGUGCUACACUGACGGCUGCUCCUGUCACGACGACUGUGAUUAAAACUUCUACCACGGUAAUCAGCGCAACCGCAACCGCUACUGCUAUCUCGUUUGUAAUGCAACUCCAAAACGUAUUUCCCGGAUAUUAUAUCGCCCAGUAUCCUACCAAUGGUCUCGCUGUCGUCGAAGCAGACAUUUCAAAAACGGUGAAAUUUUACCUUCAGCCCGACGGUGUCGUCAAAUUCGGGAAUGGGGCACCAGUGAGGUUUAUCCCUUACUCCUCUGAUGCCGGAGCCAUCCUAGUAUAUGACGUCGAACCUGAAGGUUCCAGCCCUCUGAAAUGUCGAAUUGGUGGUAGCCAGUAUCUCACGUGUGAGCAUGGUCUUGCGGGCGAAACUGGGGUGUUGGGAAUACGCCACAUACCCGAUAGCGACCUUCUGAUCCUAGGAAAGACAAUACAGGCCCUAGAAGCUGCAGGUGCGCAGAUUGUUGCGGUUAAGGCAAUCCCAAUACCAGCACUCUAA